GAGCGCCGCAACGGUCACAUUUUUCCCCCAAAUCUAUCUUCUUAUUCGAUUUACAAUACUCCAUAGCAAGAACAAACCCUAAUUCUUCACCUCCGAUCAAUUUUUUUUUUGUUGGAGAGAUUCUCAAAUCUAGAUCGAUUACUGUUCGUGUUACUCUCUUGAUUCCAGAUUCUGUUAUCUUCGAUGGAGUCGUUGACAUUGAAGAAUGGGAAAGCAGGGACUCCGGUGAAGGAUCGGAGCAAGUUUCAGUCCAAUCAAAAGAUUUCCAGAUCAUCGGAGAAUGCAAACCCUAACAUUUCACAAGCGAGUCCUUCUAAAUCACCGCUCAUGAAAUCUGCGAAGAAAUCAGCGCAGAAGAAUCCGAGUCCGAGCCCUAAACCUACCCAGGCGGUUUUCUCUCCCCGGAAUCGGAUCAGAGAGAGGAAGUUUGUUGUGGUGGCGAAGAAGAAUUCGAGGAAAGGGAAGAAGGAGCCAGCGAUUACAGAAUCCAAGGCAGCUGAGAUAGAUUGUAAAUGCGGAGAGAGGAAGAAGGGGAACAUGAAGUGUGUUUGUGUUGCAUAUGAAACUCUGCGUGCUUCGCAAGAGGAGUUCUUCAAAAAUCGAAUUGAAUCAGAGGAGGAUAAGGAAGCUUUGGAGGAAUGCUGUAAUCUCGGAAAUGGCGAUGAACUAGAAGGAAAAGAAUCUGGAGAACCGGAGAAAACAGGCGUUUCCACAAUGAAGAGAUCAAGAGCUAAGGUGGUGGAAGAAGCACGGCAAAGUGUGCCUGUAUCUGGUAAAGUGAUGAAUCUUGUAGAAGCAUUUGAGAAACUCACUUGCUUUAGUAAUUCAAAGACUGCCAACAAGAUAGAAGAGAAUCAAACCGAAGAGGAUACGAAGAAACCUGUGAAAUUGGAAUUCUUGGAGGGUGAGAAAGAGAAAAACCCAUGGAGUUCUUCGUUUUGUCCAUCUGAAAUGGUCUUAACAGCUAAGAAUCUGGGUUUAGACCCCAAUGCUUCGAUUUCUUCGUCCUGGGACAGCACCCGUGGCAGUGUUUUGAGUGGAAGUUCAAAUGCUGGCAGGAGAAGUAGAAGAAAUAGCAUGGAGUCAUCGACUACAAUGGGAAGUAGAAGAUCAAAGAAGAAGCAGGUUAAGGUCACUUCAUUGAAGCCGUUUAAGCUUAGAACUGAGCAAAGAGGUAAAGUGAAAGAGGAAGAGUUAGCAAAAAAGAUACACGAAAUAACAAUGGAGGAAGAAAAGAUGAGAAUCCCCAUUGCUCAAGGUCUUCCAUGGACAACCGAUGAACCUGAGUGCCUAGUGAAGCCUCAUUGGAAAGACAUUACAAGACCAGUCGACUUGACGCUCCACUCAGAUGUCCGGGCAGUUGAACGCGCAGAAUUUGAUUACCAGGUUGCCGAGAAGAUGAGCUUCAUUGAGCAAUACAAAAUGGAAAGAGAAAGACAACAGAAGUUGGCAGAGGAAGAAGAGAUAAGAAGGCUGAGGAAAGAAUUGGUCCCAAAAGCACAACCAAUGCCAUACUUUGAUCGACCAUUCAUUCCAAGAAGGUAAAAGACUGGUACAUAAAUACUAUCCUCUUGAAUCUUUCUUAUUAUGAGAGCAUGAUAGGUAAUAUAGAUAUUGUUUUCAAGUGAGAAAUAUGUUUUCAAUAUAGUUUUCACAGACCAACUAAUAGAGUAAACUUUCUUAUAACAAUGAACGUCAUUGCAAAAGCUGACACAGUUGCUUCUUGUUGUUUUCUUUUACCAUUAAAAGGUCGAGCAAACAUCCAACUGCACCACGAGAUCCCAAGUUUCACAUACCGCAACACAAGAAGAUCAGAUGCUGCAGUUCAUCUUCUUGGAGUGAAACUGGCUCCUGCAUGAGCGAUUUCCAAUAUCAGUUUCUCUAGAAAGCUUCUUUUGGAUUUACUACUAUAUCAUCCUUGUUCAUAUUCUCAUUUUCAAAACUACAUUACCUUUCUGUAACCAAUUAGUUGCAGUUUCAUAGAUUUGACAAUCAUUCUUGUUUCACCUUUGUAAUAAUAAUCUGGUCUUCACCCAAGAAAAUGAGAAAGAUUCCAUAUUGUUUGCAAAA